GAAAACCUCUCAUUGUAGACUUGUGCCGCAUCACCAACUGCAUCGGAAAAGGUUGAUAAAGUGGCCAAGACGGAGGAGUUCAGGAGUCCGCGAAGUCCUCGUGAGAUCAUUGUCGCGAAAUUCCUUCGUGUAUGUCACUUCAGCAUCUUGGCAGAUCCAUCGAUUCAAAGCAAUUCUGACACCGAAACCUGGCUGUACUCGAGACUCAAGUUCCCAUUAUACCUGACCAGUGCACCAUAAGUCACCACUCGUAACAGCUAUGCCUGACGAAGAAAAGCUCGAGAGCCCGGGGGAGCCUGUCACGCAGAAAACUGAGUCUCCAGAUUUGAGACGUCGCCUGGUUAAGCACUUUGCCGUCGAAGUUGACACCUCCUCUGGGUACUACCCUUUGUUGAUUUGCUGUUUCGUAACGGGGCUCACUGACGGAACGCUAUACAAUGCCUACGGAACCUUCGUUUCUAUGCAAACAGGAAAUACCAUCUUCGUGGCGUUAGGUACAUCCGGACAGAACAACAGACCAUUCGGCUGGGCCCGCUCCCUAUGCUCAAUCGGAUGCUUCACCAUCGGCUGCCUGAUCUUCGCCAGGUUGCAUAAGCUCAUCGGCGGUGCCCGUCUGCGACGAACAGUCACCCUCUCGUUUCUGCUACAAACCGUUUGCGUCAUCGUGGCCGCAGCAAUCAUCCAAGGCGGCGUCAUCGACGGCAGUUACCCCUCUCAGCGAGAUCCCAACGAUGUCAACUUCACCGAGCUCGCCGCGGUCGCGCUGCUGAGUUUCCAGGCCGCGGGCCAGAUCGUAAACAGCCGCGGGCUGGGCGUCAGCGAGGUGCCAACAGUGGUCAUCACGAGUUUGCUGUGUGAUCUAAUCAGUGAUGAGCAACUCCUAGCAGGCCUCAGCCGCAACGCGAAGCGCAACCGUAGAGCCAUUGCGUUUGUGCUGACACUAGUUGGCGCGAUAUGCGGCGGCUGGAUUUCGAAGGCUACGGGCGCUGUUCAGCCCUGUCUGUGGUUAGUGGCGGCUAUAAAGGCCGCCAUCACGAUCGGGUGGCUGGGAUGGGGCAGUCUAUUGAAGCGUCGGUGA